GCCUGCCUUAAUGAAUGACUCYGCACCAUAACACUGAGGGUUAGCCUAACUUCCUCAGCUCCUCUCACACUUUUCUGGAAAGAGCAAUGGAAUCUCUUCAAAUUUGGCAACCUUGUAAUCACAGCGACUUCAGCUGCCCAAUCUGUCUGCAAACAGCUACUUGCCCAGUAGAAACCAACUGUGGACAUCUAUUCUGUGGUCCCUGUCUUAUCACAUACUGGAAACAUAGUCCCUGUUUAGGAGCUAUAACCUGUCCUCUCUGCAGACAAAAGGUGAUUCUUCUGGAUAAUAUCUCUUGUGGAAAACAACAAGAUAAACCAACUAAACAAAUUGUGCAUGACAUUAGAAAUUACAACAAGCGCUUCUCAGGGCAGCCUCGACCUUUUGCAGAUUACCUUUAUGACAUGCCGUUACUCCUGACUGUUGUGUUGCGAGGAAUCUUUACCUGGGAUGGUCUCGUAUGGAUUUUUUUCCUAAGAGUUGCUGUUUGUGCUUUAGGGGCAAUCAUUUGCUUACCUUCUCCAUUCAACACAAUGCCUGGGCUUCUCUGCAGGAUACUUGGAGCAGCUGAUGACAUGGUGGUAGUUUUCCUUCUUUUAAUAUGCAUGAUAAACAUUGGCCAGCAAAUUCUAUCAGACAGGGUAGAUAUGGCAAGGUCUGCAUCUCAGAGCAUGCUACUGGAAUCCUGACUCACAUCCUGAUCCCUCAGACUUCAUCAAAUGGUGAGGGGCUUCGCCUUGGUUUGUGGCAGCAUGUGAUGGGUUUGUCAUUCUGCUGCAGACAAGGGCUGAAGCAGGACUCGAGAUGCUGGGCAUGGCCAGGUGAUCCAGYGUGCAUGUGCUUACAAGGCUGGGUUUAUAUGUAACUACAUUUGCUCGUUCAUGC